AUGGCUACGAGCAUUCGAAAUGCGAUGCUAAUUGCACUCGCAGCGGUACCGGUAGUUCAAUCCGUUGCUCAGAUCCCCGUCAAAAUUAGCAACUCGGCGACUCCUGUGCUACGCGCCGAAACCGAAUGUGCCGGUGACGUUACGUGUGCUUGUCAAAUAUUGCGAGAGACCCUAACGGAUAUGAACGCGACUGUAUAUCCGUCAGAUGGAGCGACUUAUGAAGAUUUCGAAGACGAGAACUACUCCGCCGCGUGCAGAUUACCGGCAGCUUGCAUCGUCAGCCCGAGGACCGCGGAGGAAGUAUCUACGGCAAUAAAGAUACUCUCGCAAACCGGAACGAAGUUUGCUGUUAGAAGUGGCGGUCAUAACUAUAUUCCAGGCUUUGCAAGCGUUGAUGAAGACGGAGUUCUCAUUUCGCUCUCGGGAUUGAACACCACUGUACUAUCCGCGGAUAGGAAAACUGCUAAGGUCGGGCCUGGAAAUAGGUGGCAAGCAGUUUACGAAGCCCUUGUGCCCGAGGGGCUGGUGGUGGUCGGUGGACGCGUCGGGCCUGUCGGAGUUGGUGGUUUGACUCUUGGAGGUGGGUUGAGUUACUUCGCAACUCAACGUGGCCUCGGGCUGGAUAACGUGAAGUCGUACGAGGUGGUACUCGCUGAUAGUUCCAUUGUUACUGUUUCAGCCGAUAACGAAUAUUCGGACCUGUAUAAGGGGCUCCGAGGUGGCGCUGCCAACUUCGGUAUAGUUACGAAUUAUGAGCUAUACACCUAUCCCGUCGGAAACUUCUAUGUCGAUGCGCGAGCAUAUAGUUCGAACCAGACCGAUGAUUUCCUACGCGCCGUGGCCGAAUACCAAAAGGAGGGGCAGUUGGAUCCAUUGUCUAGUGUUAGUGGUAUUAUGUUAUCGCUUUUUAAUACGAAAUUUCCCACAACCUCUCCAGUCAUGCAGAUGACGUGUAUCCAGCUAAUAGAAUCUGGCCCCACUAUCCUCCUCCUCUAUAACGAGCCGGUAGAAGAACCGAAAGCAUUCGGAGCCUUCUAUAACCUUGGAUCGUAUACGCCGAUUCUACCCGCUUUCAAUGGCACCCUUCUAGACGUCCUGGCCCUAACUGGAUCACGUUUUUCGACCGGCAACAUCCGCACAUAUGGCGAGACAUUUAGUCAUAAAGCCGAUGCUGAUUUGAUGGUUGAACUAUACGACAUCUUCGUCGAGGAGACCGCCAACCUCCCUAGUGAUGCAUCAGAGGUAUGGGUACCGAACCCAAUUGCAGCCAGCGUAGCUACAGUAGGAAAGCAAAAUGGAGGGAACUUACUAGGUAUGGAGGAGGUUCCACAGCAAUGGUACGAGUGGUACAUUACUUGGACGGAUCCAACAGAAGAUCAAACCAUCUGGGAUAUUUCGCAAAGGAUUACCCAACGAUGUGUCGACGCCGCAAAAGCGAAGAACCUAUCCUUACCGUAUCUUUUCAUGAACACGGCGGGCAAGAAGCAGAAUGUUCUCAACAGUUAUGGCGCAGAGAACGUUGCGUUUAUCAAGGCGACGGCAGCGAAAUACGACCCGACGCAGGUAUUCCAAAAACUCCAGAAUGACGGGUUUCUCAUUCGGAACUUGUAA